AUGCUUCACGGUGUCGCUGUUUCUGUCUGGCUAGCUGCGUUCACCGUAGGUUUUGCUCUUGGACACAACACACGUUUUGAAGGUUAUGAUCUCUCCCGGUCGGGCUAUCACCUGUGUGCUGAGAACCAGACCAUCGUCACGUCCUCUGUGUCGUCCUACGUGACUGCGUACGUCCAGAGGAGGCCGUGUGGUGGGUGGCUUCCCUGGAGGACGUGCGAGGUGACGCUGUACAAGGUGGCAUACCGCUCCCUCCAGGUCACCACACAGAGAGAGGUCAUCCAGUGUUGCCCUGGCUACGAACAAGUGGCGAGCUACUGUGCCCUGCCUCUGAACAACAGUGCAGUGUUCACUGCCAAGCCGGGCUCCUGUCCCCAGGCCGUGCCCGAGCCCGAGUGUGACACCACGCCCCGCUGCAGAUGGGACACAGACUGCCCCCAGUGGCAGAAGUGCUGCCAGGCCUCUAUGGAGCGCUACUGCACUGACCCGGAACCCCCAGCAGGUCAGGGAUGGUCCUUCAAUGUGACGGUAACAGUGAAGGUAGACUUCCGGCGGAUGUCUGCCAACAAUGAGACAGGUCUAUUCAACCACACCAGGAUACUGCACUCUGUGGUGUCAGGUGCUCUGAACUCCUCCACUGUGGGCGUGUACCAUGUUGAGUCCUGGAGCUACAGCUCCUUCACCACCUCCUCCUCCCUCCUCAUUGGUUCCCCGGCGCCUCUCGCACUACCAGAGGUGGCCACCAGGCUGCAGCGUCUCCUCAGGGACAUAGAGGAAGUGGCCGCUGUAGUCGUGCAAGAUGUGGAUGAGUGCUCCCAUGAGGGAUUGAAUGGGUGUCCUCCUGACUGGGAGUGUAGCAACACCGAGGGCUCAUACCAGUGCAGACCCAGACCUGCUGCACCCACCACCUACACCAACACUUCCACCACCACUGUAGUACCUCAGGUGGUCCGUGUCACCCCCUUCAACGUCACCGGCUCCUCCUUCUGCCUCACCUGGGCAGUGGAGCCUGAGGCGCCAGGUGACCUCACCUUCCAGGUGCUCAUCAUGCAGGGCCAGACACAGGUGCGGAACUGGACGCAGACCUCCCGGACACAGGUGGAGGUUCAGGACCUGCAGCCUGGGGUCCUCUACAGGGUCUGUGUGACCCCCUACACAGCCACAUGCGGAGCGCCUGGAGACAUGGUGGAGGUCAUGGUGAAAACAGAAGCGAAGAUGCUGAAGGCUGUAUCCCGACUGACUAACGUGGAGUUCACCGCAUCCCUGCUGGACCCAGACAGCCCAGAGUACAAGAACCUCUCCCAGAGCAUUGAGGCCGAGAUCCUGCAGUCCCUCCCUCCAGAUAUCCAGGCCCUGGUGGACUCUGGGCUGGUCCGAGUGGUCGUCACCGGCUUCUCCAACGGCAGCGUGGUGGUGGACUUUGACCUUGUCUUCGUUCCGAGCGAGAGUCAGGACAUCUUGGCUGUGUCCAAAUCCCUCAUGGCCUCUCUGCAGAACAGCUCCAAAUACACCGUGGACGCCAGCAGCUCUAUCAUACAAGAUGUGAAUGAGUGUGGCCGUGGGGAGGUGGACUGCUCCCCCGAUGCCAAGUGUGACAACACCUACGGAGGGUACGAGUGUGUGUGUCAGGACGGCUUUGAAGACAACAACCCCAGCAGACCGGGGCGCUCCUGCUCAGGUGCCAAAAAACCCCACUACUGUACCCACAACACACACUGCUGCACCCGUUACAACAGCCAUCACAGCAACCACGCCACCUACCACAACAACCACGCCACCUACCACAACAACCAUGCCAGUCACCAUAACAACCACGCCAGUCUCCAUAACUACCAUGCCAACCUCCACCACAACCAUGCCACCUUCCACAACAACCAUGCCACCUACCAUAACCAUGCCAGUCACCAUAAAAACCAUGCCACCUUCCACAACAACCAUGCCACAUUCCACAACAACCACCCCACCCCCCACAUCAACCAUGCCACCUACCACCACAACCGUGUCAUCCACUACCACAACAACCAUGCCAGUCACCAUAACAACCAUGCCACCCACCACAACAACCAUGCCACCCACUACCACAACAACCAUGCCAACCACCACAACAACCAUGCCACCUACCAUAACCAUGCCACAGACACACCAUCUAACAACCCCACCACAACCUCUACCACCCCCAUCCCCAUCCCCACUCCCAGCCCCAGCCCCACCACAACCUCUACCACUCCCACUCCCAGCCCCAGCCCCACCACGACACAUACCACACCAUUUACAUCAACAACAACACAUACCAUGUCAACCACCACCCAGGCCAAACCGCCUGCUACCACAUCAACUACCACAUCAACUACCACAACUACGAUAGCCACUACUACCACAGAGGUCCCGGUGAUCAUCCGCUCGUCCACCAUCUCCUUGGAGUGUAACCUGGGCUACAUGGCGGUGUGGGUGGCGCGGAGCUUCCUGUCGGAGAAGAGGAUGGCUGCGGAGGCGUUGUAUCUGGGCGUGCCGGAGUGCGGCGUCAACAAUGAGAACAGCACACACGUGGAGCUGGUGGCCGAGUGGAACGGAUGCGGCACACAGCUGAGCAAGAACGCCACCCACAACAUAGUACAGGGGAUGCUGUAUAAUAGCAUGGAGCUCCACACCUGGCCUGAUGGCUCACAGAGCGUGCCCUCGGCGCGCCUAGAGGUGCCCAUCCUCUGCACCUACGUCAGGAACGAGACCAUCUCCGCGGGAUCAGCUAACGGCUAUGAGAUGAUCAACGGUGUCGUCCAGGGUUCUGGAAAGUUCCAAGUCACCGUGCGACUGCUGAACGGCUCUGUGCCACUUCCAGAGAACUACACACUGGCCGCCGACGAGAUGGUGAUGCUGGAGGUGAGCCUCAACUCCUCCAUCAGCCAGAUCAGUGUGGUGCUGAACAGGUGCUGGGCAACAGAGUCAUACAACCCACAACAACAACCACAAUACACCUUCCUACAGAACAGCUGUCCUGUGAAUGAGCAGUACACCACCGUCCUCCAGAACGGUAACGCCACCACGGCCCUGCUGAACGUCAAGAUCUUCUCCAUUGUGGACGCCAGUGUUGACAGCAUCUACCUGCACUGCCAGAUAGAGAUUUGCUUCAGGACAGGCGACGACUCCUGCAGACCGGACUGCGGGGAGCCCCGGCUGGCUUUGGCUCGUCUGGGCAACAUGGUGGGGACAGCCAAGGGCUCAUGUGGACCCUUCCACCGAUCACCCUACUACAUGAUGUCCGAGGAGCAGCAGAAUGAGCUGUUGUGGACCAUCGGCUUCAGCAUCCUGGGCGUGGGGCUGGUCCUGCUCGUAGUGGGCACCGUGGUCGGGGCCUUCUUCUACAAGCGCCGCAUCGGCACGUACGACCUCAACAUCAGACCCCGACAGGAGGACUUCUCUUACAACAUCUUUAGCACCUCCUAG